CUCAUCAGGAUCAUAAGCACAUGCACAACAUCUCAGGUGAUCUGAAUCUGCCAUCAGCCUCAUUUUGUGUUAAGCUAUAGCUAUGGAAGAAAAGGGAUUUGUGCAUUUCCGAGAUGUUGCCGGGAGCUAUUUCUCACAGACGAGGGUGGAUUGUCGUUACACUAUCAGCAGUCAACACGGCUGGAGCAGUCGGGACUGGAUUGGUCUUUUUAAGGUGGGAUGGCUGACUGUGAAAGAUUAUUACACUUUUGCCUGGGCUCUUGCGCCAGAAGGCUACCAAAAAGGAGCAGAUGCAAACUGCAGUGUGGCCUUUCACCCAUCUUACCUGCCAAUUCCGGGUGCGGAGGAGUAUCAGUUCGUGUAUGUGGAUGAACGAGGCGACGUUUGUGCCGUCAGCUCUCAAUUCACUUUCGCCGCUCCGAGACCUCUGGAUGAACUGGUUACACUGGAGAAAAGUGGAGAGGGUGAAGAGGACGGAGAUGACCUGCUGCUGGUGGUCCCGAAAGCUCUGAUCCUGCAGAAUCUGCUGGAAGGAUGUCAGCGUGAGUUGCAUGAGCUGCAUAAGAAGUUUGAGGCUGUGAACGGAGAUGUGGAAAACGAGCGGCAGAGGUGGAAGACAGACAGAGAAGAGUUUGAAAUAUUACGAAGCGAUAUGAGGAGUCAGAUUGAGGAGCUGAAAUGCAACCUGAGGCACAGCACUGAAAACAUGGAGGAACUGGAGCAAAAGCACAAGGAAGUGCAGAGCAGCAGUGAAAACAUGUCUGCUGAAUUUAAUGCACUAUUAGCUGAGAGAGCAGAAAACCAGCAGCGGAUCAGAGAACUGGAACAGGAUUCUGCAACUCUGACUCAACAAAAACAGGGCAUAGAGGCUGAGCUGGACAGAAUGAAGGAAAGAGUUAAAAAGAUGACCAAACAACGGCGAGAUGAAGAAACGGAGAGGAGAGAUUUGCAGCUGGAGAAUGAGCAGAUGCACGCUGAUCUGCGGACGCUGCAGGAGCGUUUGGAGGCCAGCGAGCGCAGCACCGAAGCCCUGCGCAGAGACCUGAGUGAACUGGGAUCCUUACAGAGUCACAGCCAUGCAGAGCUGCAUCAGGUCCGGCUGCAGUCUGCGCAGAUGAGCUUACAGCUGUCCCAGGCCAAUCUGGCACUGCGGGAGGGACAGUCCACCUGGGCCCAGGACAGAGAGACUCUCAGACAGAGUGCAGAGCUGGAUAAGGAUCGUGUCCAGAAACUGAGCCGUGAGCUCCAGAAGAAGGAAGAGUGGCUCCAGGAGGAGAGAAGCGAGCGAGAGAAGCUGGAGGUGGAGCUGGGCAUCGAGAAGGACUGUAACCGGGAACUGAGAGCCAGUCUGAGAGCCCUGCAGAAGGAGCAAGAGCAGCAUCAGCUGGAGAAACAGGAGCUAUUAGAUCACAUCCAUGUGCUGGAGCUGAGGCUGGACACAGAGACAGAUGCUAAAUGGGCAGAGGCAGCGGCUACGCCUAUAUCUUACAUCGAUAGCCUUCCAUCCGUUGAUGAAAAGCCACUACAAGAGUUUUCAUCUGAGCUGUCGUUAAGUGCACUAGACAGUGAACAACAUAAUGAAUCAACAGAGAAAAACCCAAAGGACAAUGAGGAUGACGUGAUGCAAGAGGAUCUAGAAGUUCAGCCUUUUUCCAGUGGCAUUGCUGACCAAAUGCUCUCAGAAGCCAAAGACAGUGUUUUCAGUGCUCUAGCUGACGCCCCCUUGUGGUGAAGCAGAGGCGGAGGAGAAGAUGCGGCUUGUUUACAUCAGCGCGUGAGGAUCAUGUGCUCCUGAACAGUGUGAAAUAUCAAAACAAUUUUCUGACCUGGCUUGUUUUAUAGCUGGUGUAAUUUAAUAGAUGCAAAGCGUGAUGUCUGUGCUAGGUGUGAAUUUUCCAGUUAGUGUAAAUGUGUUUGUGUCAGAAUGAGUUUCCAUUAAGAGGAAGGUUACAUCACAUGCAACUUAUCCAAUUAUAGCUUAUUCAACACGAAGCAUUGCUCAACAUUACAGAGCACAGGGGUUUGAUUUAUGAUUAUUAUAAUUAUUUUUUUUUUAUGAAACAUAAUUUUGCAGGGUUUGUUUUUGCGCUGGUGUCUUGAAUAAUUAAAUCUGACUGUAAAAGCACUUAAAGGUGGCAGCAAAUCCCUGUGCUAAUGAGUGAUUUAUUGAACUAUUCAUUCAAAUGAUUUGUUCAGCAUUUGAUACAUUUAGAAAAGAAGAAAUUGCUGGAUUCGUUAACGUAUUGUUGAAUCAAUGACUCAAAUGAUUCAUUUUAAAACAGAUCGUAACAGUCUUCAUGAAAAGUUUUUUAAUUAGAUUUUUGCAAAGUGAGUUACACACCCUUUAAAACAGCAAUGCUUUACGAAAUGGUCUCAAACAGUGUGUCAAACACCCCUAUAACUGUGCAACAGUACAACAUUUUAAAUCUAAAUCAUGUGAAUGGAUUGUAAUAUAUUUGAUGAAGCAAAAAUUUGACUAUUUUUUAGGAGUAAAUAAAAUUGUUGCAUUGAUUUGUGGGCCCCAGAGCUAUUUGGGAUCCCAUAAAGAUAUGAUGAGGGUCCCUGGACAGUGAUCUUAAAAACUAUAAAGACUUUCAUCAUUUUAUUUCUCUGUAAAUGUAUUUCUUUUUCUUUAUAUAGAUAGGUGUGCUGGUUAUGGCUGCUUAUUCCAUAUGACUUGACAAAGCUGUAAGGGCAUUUAAGUGCUUAGUUUCCCAUUUUUCUAAUAAACGUGUUUAUUCUUCA